AUGUACCAAUGGUACGAGCGAGCGGAUGUCUGCUACAUCUACUUAGUCGAUCUAUUUCGGCAUUACCUGGACGAUACUUCCAGACUGGAAGAUUUCGAUCGGAGUAGCCCGCAGGCCACAAGUAUACCGCUAAACCCUCUGGCGCAGCCUAAAAGUGCAGGCGUAGCAGCUAAAACGUCAUGGGCUUUCCAGAGGGAUACAGCAAGAGUGGAAGAUAUUGCGUACUGCCUGAUGGGCAUCUUUGAUGUGAACAUGCCACUGCUUUACGGGGAAGGGGAUCGCGCAUUCUUAAGACUUCAGCAUGAGAUUCUCAGAGCGUCGGAAGACAAAUCUCUCUUUGCCUGGGGGAGUACGAGAGUAACGGCAGCGAGGAAUCCCACAUGGACUUACACCACCCAGGGUGCGGCAAUUGAUGAGUUUCUCGGCAUGUCGGAAGACGAAUCCCUCUUUGCCUACAGGAAUGCAACCCUUGCUUCUCGUCACACUGGAAUAUUAGCACCGUCACCCGGUGCGUUCAGAGAAGGCGGGGAUCUCAUCACGGUCAAGCACCCUACUCUGGCUAACUCCCAAUCCCUCUACCAUGAUCUCGUGCACCCAGACGCCUCAACAGAACCACCCACUCUCUCCCAAAUGGCCGCUCUCGCGGCCAAAAACGCCCACCCCUCCAUCACGGAGGAGUAUGGGGCCUAUGAUCAGAGGAAGCUGGACGGCGUUGUAUCCCAUCGUCUGGCGCCUUGGAGGUAA